AAAGCGGAAGUUCAGCGCGCUUGUGUCAUUAGAGCACGCGCAACUUCCGCCUGGUUCAAAAAAUUUUUGCACUCUUUUUUUUUUCACGUUCGGUAAAGUAGGGCUGAUCUUCUAUCAGUGGCUGCCGUGAAAGUGACCCGGCAUGGACAUCCAGAGCAUUGAACCAAUGACACUCGGCUCUCCGACCUCCCCCAAGCCUGGGGCUCAGUUUUUACCUGGGUUUCUGAUGGGAGACCUGCCCGCUCCCGUCACGCCUCAGCCCAGGUCUUUUGGGUUGACAGGAGGUGGGGCAGAAACGAGGUCUCCUCUUCUGGCUGGUGGGUCUCCUCCGCAGCCAGUGGUCCCGACACCUAAAGACAAGAGUGGAGCCCCUCCAGUCAGGAGCAUCUAUGACGACCUCAACGGCUCCGCUGUGGGCAUGUCGCCUCUCGCUGCUCGCAAACAAGCAUUUGCUGGAGUACAUACACCAUUGUCUGGUCUACCAGGGACGCCAGGAACCGUUUCUAAUUUGUUUAGCCCCGCGGGGCAGCAGAGGAAAACAACACUUUCCCCUGCUCAAGUGGAUCCGUUCUUCACACAAGGGGAUGCUCUGUCUUCAGAAGACCAGCUGGACGACACCUGGGUCACAGUUUUUGGAUUCCCUCCGGCAUCUGCGUCGUACAUCCUUUUACAGUUCGCUCAGUAUGGGAACAUAUUAAAACAUGUGAUGUCUAAUACAGGCAACUGGAUGCACGUUCAGUAUCAGUCUAAACUGCAGGCACGAAAAGCUCUCAGUAAAGAUGGAAAGAUAUUUGGAGAAGCCAUAAUGAUUGGCGUCAAACCUUGUAUCGAUAAGAGUGUAAUGGAGAGUUCAGACAAGAGCAGUGCUCCCUGUUCUGUGUUCACGCCCCCGGUGAAGGCUCCCGGGACCCCCAGUCACCCUCUAUCAACUCCCCGAUCUGUCAUGAGACCCCUCAGUGCUGCUUACAAAGCGUCUAGCAGUGACUACCAGGUUGUAUCAGAUCAGCAGACGCCGAAAAAGGAUGACAGUUUUGUAUCGAAAGCAAUGGAGUAUAUGUUUGGAUGGUAAUCUUUCACUCAAAGGGUCCUAAUGGAAAAGCUCCGAGACCAUCGACAGCCUCUGAUGUGUUGACAUUGCUCUAAAAACGGACUUUUUGGGGUUUUUGAGCACAAGCACUGAGUGAAUACGAAAGCACUUUAUAUCUUCGCUUGCCGACUAAUUAACUAUGCGUGCUAUUUUACAGAAGAUGGACUCUUGAGUGUUUGUCAUGGACUGAUUUCAGCUGCUGGGUUUGGAGUUGUGUGUGUUUUGAAGUUAGUCCCUUUUGUCUGUCCUUAAAAUCAUACAGGUUUAACAACUAAAUCACAAGCAUGUGUUUCAGGUCUUAACAAAUAUGCCAAGAGAAAGUUUUGUUGGAUAUUUAAGACUCCAAAUCAUGACACGCUCUUUUGUGGGACUCUGUUGUAGAAAAUCUGUUCAUGGUUAUGAUCAGCUUUCUGGGUUUAUGUAUGAGAAUGGUUCGUCGAAGAAUAUCAUUGACACAUACAGCUUUUUGAGAUCAAGGCCUUAAUAUAGGAUUUAUUCAUUUGGGUUAUAUACCUCUGUUUUUAGGAGUUUUGUGGGUUUUCACUAACUUUAUCUGUUAUUUUAAUAGGACAGAAUCCAUUUUUUUAGAAAUGUCUGAAUUUGAAAAUGCCUUUUCUCUUUAAUAAACAUUGAUGAUUAACUGUA